AUGGUUGAACUUCGCAAACGGAAAGCCCCUGCACCCCCCCCAGUCGUGCAGAAAAAAGUGAAAUCGGCCCCAAAGCCCAAAGAAACCGUCACUCCCAGCGAAGCCUCAACACAAAAGGUGCUUCAGGUCGACGACAUUAUCGACCUAGAGGGCUUUGGUGGGGAGAUUGAGACCAACGAUGGCGCUAAGACCAACUUGAAGAAGCUCGUGGAAGAAAGCUCGGCGGGGGUCGUGUUGUUCACCUAUCCUAAGGCCUCAACCCCUGGCUGUACAAAGCAGGCGUGCUUGUUCCGUGACAACUACAAACAUCUUAUAUCUACCGGCCUCUCUAUUUUCGGCCUUUCGGCCGAUUCACCAAAAGCCAAUACUACUUUCCAAACUAAGCAAAGUCUACCCUAUCCGCUUCUCUGUGACCCCAGUGCUACAUUGAUUGGCGCGGUGGGACUCAAGAAGGUUCCCAAGGGCACGACCCGAGGUGUAUUCGCUGUGGACAAGAAGGGCAAGGUCUUACUUCGAGAGACUGGUGGCCCUGAUGCAACUGUGGAUGCAGUGCAGACACUAGUGGCCCAGGGCUCCAGCAAGGAGAACGCGCAAGAUGAGGAAAACAGUGAGAGCAAAUAG